AUGGCAACAAUGAGAGCAAUUGAUAUCAAAGAUGGCACGGGGCCAGUUUCCCACCUCUUCAUGAAUUCCGACAUCCCCAAACCUCAACCAGGGAAAUCUCAAGCAUUGAUCAAGAUCCAUGCUUUCGGGCUUAAUCGAAUGGACUUGAUGCAACGAGAGGGCAAGUACAAUGUUCCGCCUCAAGGUGGAAAGAUUCUUGGAGUGGAGUUCUCUGGAGUGAUUGAGGGAUUGGGUAGUGAAUCGGAUUUCAAGAUAGGAGAUGAAGUCUUUGGAUUGGCCUAUGGAGGCGCAUAUGCAGAGUACCUAGUCUCCUCAACGAGGAUGCUCAUUCGUAAGCCAAAAGAACUAUCAUGGACAGUAGCUGCCGGAAUUCCCGAGACUUGGAUUACUGCUACGCAAGCACUUCACCUCGUAGGGUGCUUCAAACCUGGCGAUAAUGUCCUGUGGCAUGCUGGAGCAUCGGCUGUCUCGAUUGCUGGCAUUCAGUUGGCGAAAGCCGCAGGAGCCAAGUCUAUCUUUGUGACAGCAGGAUCCGAUGACAAAAUACAAUUUUGUGAAGAACUGGGAGCCACGAAAGGAUUCAAUUAUCAUAAAGAUGACUGGGUAAAGGGAGUUCUGGGUGCUACUGAUGGUCAUGGAGUAGAUGUGACCAUUGACUUUAUUGGAAAGAACAACUCCCAAGGAAACUUUGAAGCAGCAGCCAUGGAUGGAAAGAUUGUUCAACUUGCCAGUAUGAGUGGAUCGAAACUUGAAGCUGGUCUGGACAUUGGGUUGCUCGAGAACAAACGCUUGCGUUGGGAAGGAAGCAGAUUGAGAAGUCGUGAUCUGGACUACCAGCAUAAGUUGAGAGAUUUGUUGGUAGAGUUUGCUUUGCCGAAAUUCGUGGAUGGGACCUUUCAAGUUCCGAUUGAAAAGGUCUUUGAUUGGAAGGAUAUUCAAGAGGCACAUGCUUUGAUGGAAAGUAAUCAGUCAAAGGGAAAGAUUAUUUGUAUUGUGAGCUGA